AUGAACUACUCACAACAACAACAACAGUCGCAACAGCAACAAUUAUAUCAACAGCAGCAGCAACAGCAAGCUUAUCAACAACAAUCGUUCCAACAACAACAAUACCAGCCACAACAAUACCAGCAGCAACAAUACCAACAACAACAGCAAUAUCAACAACUGCAGCAGCAGCAACAACAGCAACAACACCAUCAGCAACAACAAUAUCCACAACAACAACAACAACAACUUAAUUCAGAUGGUGGCCGUUGCCAAUUUGAAGAUGGUGGCUGGUACGCAGGGAAGUGGAACUCAGGAAUGGCUCACGGAUACGGUAUUUGUGUCACAGGAACUCAGAUAAGUCCCAACACAUCUCCAACCGGCAACAAUUUUCUGAACGGGAGCAGCAGCGGUACGAGUGUUAGUUCCGGAGAGUUUGCUGGAUUGUGGCAGCAAGGAUUUGAAGUUAGUGGAGUGCAUCGAUGGACUGAUGGAGAAACUUAUGAGGGACAGUGGAUCCAAGGGAAGAGGCAUGGUCUCGGGAAAGAGUCUAAAGGGAAGCAUGUUUAUAAGGGAGAGUGGUCGCAGGGUUGCAAAGGGAGAUACGGAGUGAAGCAAGCAGUAUCAGGAAAUGGAUUGAAAUACGAAGGAACCUGGACCAACAGUCUGCAGGAUGGGUAUGGGAUUGAAACUUAUCCCGACGGAGGAACGUUCCACGGCCAGUUCAUGAGAGGAGUGAGACACGGGUACGGAGUGAGGCAGAGCGCUCCAUAUGCACUGGCAGUGCGUUCUGGCAACGAAACGGCUCCAUCACUACCAUCGCCAAUGAGUCCAGUUUCAACGCUGUCGAUGGAGGAGGGCAGAGGAGGUUUUGUACUACAGGUAUCAAAAAACUGCCUACUUUUUCAUUUUCAUUCUUUUGGCAUCUACUUCAAACACUUGAGAACAAUCAAUUGGCUCGCUUUAAUCAGUGCAUUCAGUCAGAUCAGCAGUGCGCUCUCCACGAUAACUUCCUCCACGAGACGUAGCAGUCUCGACGACAUUGACGAUGAGCUGGGAAGUUUCUGCAGCGACAUCGACCUGGCUAAUGAUCGCGUGACCGAAGUUUACUCGGGCGAGUGGAAGAAUGAUAGAAGGUCUGGCUAUGGUGUCUGCGAACGUUCGGAUGGCGUGAAAUAUGAAGGAGAAUGGUUAAACAACAGGAAACACGGGUAUGGAGUUACAACAUUGUCGGAUGGAACAAGAAUGGAAGGCAAAUACAAAAACAACAUUCUUGUCAGCUCUGGUAAGAGUACCUCAAAAUUAUUUGCCCUAAAAGUCAAUAAACUAAGAGAUCGUGUAGAAGCGGCUUCUACUGCCGCACAAAAAGCAUCCUCCCAGGCUUUCCAGAAAAUGGAAAUCGCAAAUGUCCGGUAG